GCUCCCUGGGCUGCAGAGAGUGAGAGUGUGCACCUCUGGAGCGGGGGACCGAGCAUAGGAGAGCCACUGGGAGAGAGAGCCACUGUCCAGCCCCGCAGGCCCUGGAAUCUUAGCCCUGGGACGGCACAGCCCAGGAAGUGUCUCUGUCCAAUCCGGACACUUUGGACUGUUGGGAUAUCCCCUGUGAGGGUCAAAACUCUCCUUCUUGCCAGCUCCUUCGUUCAUUUCUUUCUCCCUUCCUUCGCUGGGUGCAGCCGUCCGUGAGGGGUUUCCCCCAGUGUUGACUGAUCUCCCUACCACACCCUUCCCUGCGCCAACAUUGCUGCUGCCACCCGGAGCCACAGAAAGCCAAGCCAGGCAGGCUGUGACCUGAAGCCAUCCUGUGACCGAGCAGCCCAGUGAGAGAAUGCGGGGAGGCUCUGUGCUGGCAGUGUCAUGGCUCCUGAUCCUUACUGUCACCAGCGGCCGUGUCCAGGAUGGGAAGCCAGCCUUUGCCCCCCUUUUCACCCGGAAGCCCUUCAUUGUGGCCUGGAAUGCCCCCACCCAGGACUGCAAGCCCCGCUUCCAGGUCCAGCUGGACUUCAGCCUCUUUGACCUGGAUGCCUCGCCCAAUGAGGGCUUUGUAGACCAGAACCUCACCAUCUUCUACAAGGAGCGCCUGGGCCUCUACCCCUACUACGAUAAGCAGCAGGUGGCUGUGAAUGGGGGUGUCCCCCAAAACAGCAGCCUACGGGAGCACCUGGACCGGCUCCAGGAAGGAAUCCGCCAUUACAUCCGCUCAGAGGCCAAGGAAGGGCUGGCUGUCAUUGACUGGGAGGAAUGGAGGCCCAUCUGGAUCCGCAACUGGCAGAACAAAGACAUCUACCGCAAGAACUCCCGCAAGCUGGUGCUGUCGCAGCACCCCGACUGGCAGGAGGACAUGGUGAACAAGGAGGCCCAGUACGAGUUUGAGAGCUCGGCCCGGGGAUUCAUGCUUCACACCCUGCAGCAUGCCAAGAGCUACCGGCCCAAGCAGCUGUGGGGUUACUACCUCUUCCCGGACUGCUACAACCAUGACUACAGCAAGAAUCCAGACAGCUACACGGGCCGCUGCCCUGAUGUGGAGGAGACACGCAAUGACCGGCUGUCCUGGCUCUGGAAGGAGAGCACAGCCCUCUACCCUUCCAUCUACCUAGACCAGGUCCUGGCCUCCUCUGAGAACGGCCGCAAGUUUGUGCGCUCGCGGGUCAUGGAGGCCUUGCGGAUCUCUCACCAGCACCAUGACGGCUACUCACUGCCAGUCUUCGUCUACACCAGGCCUACCUACAGCCGUAAGCUGGACGUCCUGAGCAGGAUGGACCUGGUCUCCACCAUUGGCGAGAGCGCUGCCCUGGGGGCAGCUGGUGCCAUCUUCUGGGGUGAUGCAGACUACACCAAGAGCCAGAGCACCUGCCAGACCAUCAAGGCCUACCUGGAGGAAGAGCUGGGUCACUACAUCAUCAACGUCACCACGGCAGCUCAGCGCUGCAGCCAGGCACUGUGCCAGGGUUGGGGGCGCUGCCUGCGCCGGGACAGCAACCGCCAACGUCUCCUCCACCUCAACCCGCUCAGCUUCCAGAUCCGGCGCCGGGGUGAGGCAGACAGGCAGCAGCCAAUGCUGCGGGUGGAGGGGGAGCUGUCUGCCGCCGACACCGCCUACCUACGGACCCACUUCCGGUGCCAGUGUUACCAGGGGCUGGCAUGGGGGACGCUUGCGAGUGGCAGCUGAGAACACAGAACAGUGGAACCUGCCCGACCUGUGCCACUCUGGGACUCCCUGGUGCUGGGUUCUUAGCCCACUUGGACUAGCUUGGCCUCUUACU